AUGAGUCUUACACUCUUGUAUUUAUCCAUUUAUCAAGAUGCACAAGAGCAGCAUGGAGACAAUCAAAUUGGAAUUGACCAACAGCUUCACAAGGAGGAUCAGCAAGGAGCUGAAAUGCUGGAAAUGCAGCAAAUACCUCCCCAAGAACAAGUUUUGUUAAUACUGGAAGUACGCCUUCAGAGAGUUGUCCCAAGGUCAAGUAUACUCUUACAAGCUCCAAAAGGACAUUACGUGGAACUGAAUUUAACCAUGGAGAGUUUAUAUCUAACACCCUGCAUUUAUGAUGAGUACCUUGAGGUUCGUGAUGGAUACAACAAGUCUGCUAAUCUUCUUGGUGUAUUUUGUGGAAGGAACAUUUUUGUUAUUGUGCGAUCCAGUGGACAGAACUUGUGGAUCAGAAAAUCAGCCUAUUUUUUUGGCAGGUUUCGGGGCUCGUACACCAAAAAAAUACUCAACUUUACAGUUGAACCCAACCUAGACAAGGUGGCCAAAACUCAAUUUGUUCUUUUCAACCAAACUUCAUCUCUUUGGUGUCCAGCGCAGGGUGCACCAGCACCUUCAAUAGUUUGGAGAAAGAACGGCAUUGUGGUACAGUACAGUACAAGUGUCAAACAUCAGCUGACCAUUACUGAGGAGAACAAUGACAAGUACAGCUGUGAAGUGAAGAAAGAGAAUGGUUUUGACAAGAAAGAAAUCCGUCUUGUCAUUGAAAGAUGCCCAGAUCCCUGUCGAUGUACAAUGGCAGUUGGAAUCAUGGACGCAGCUACUCUCAUUGAAUGUAGAGAAAAACACUUACAGUCAGUUCCACGUCACUUACCCUUUUCUACAGCGAAAUUGGACUUGGAUAACAACCUGAUAAAGGAGCUACCACCUGGAGUGUUCAAUAAUAACACGGAGUUGAUCUCACUAAACUUGAAUGGAAACCAGAUAGAGAGGCUACCAGCUGAAGUCUUCAAAAACAACUCCGAGUUGGCCUUCUUACAACUUUAUGACAACGACCUAACUGAGCUACAAGAGGGUUUGUUUGAUAGUUUGAGAGCAUUGACAUGCCUAUGGCUGCAAGACAACGGAAUCAGAAAGCUUCCUAAACACGUUUUCAAAGAUUUGACUAAUUUGCAAGAGCUACAACUUAACGACAACGGCCUAAAAGAGUUACAAGAGGGUUUGUUUGAUGGUUUAAGGGCAUUGACACGCCUAUGGCUACAAAACAAUGGAAUCAGAAAGCUUCCUAAACACAUUUUCAAAGAUUUGACUAAUUUGGAAGAAUUGGAUCUGUCUAAUAACAAGGUUAAGAAUCUGGCACAAGACGUCUUUAGUAACUUAACAAAUAUCACAAACCUGUUUUUGUCCAAAAACCAAAUUGGAGAAUUACCAUCAACGAUAUUUGUUAACCUGACCAAGCUUAAGGCAUUAAAAAUAGAGAAAAAUAAUUUAACAAAGCUCCAUCCAAAACAAUUUCGCGGACUGGUACAGCUGUUUGAGCUCUAUCUGUCGGGAAACAAACUCAGAAAUUUGCCACAAGGAAUUUUCAAAGGCCUAAAGGAGCUUGAGAUUCUAGAACUCUUUGACAACGAAUUGAGGAACGUUUCCAUCGACAACUUCAAUGAAAUCAAGCAGUUAAAAAUUCUAUAUUUGCAUUAUAACUACAUGAGGGAGAUUCCCUAUGGAUUUUUUGAAGAGUUGAAGGACAUAUUACGAGUGAGUUUGGACACAAACCUGAUGUGUUGUCAUAUGCACAAAGAGGACGCUGACUGUGCUUUCAUUGAUAACGACGACUUUGCAAACUGUGAGAGCAUGUUCAAGAGCCCAACCCCGAGGAAGAGCAUAUGGGCAAUCGGCUCCCUUUCCCUGGCUGGGUCUGUGUUUGUCAUCACAUGGCGUUCAGUCUUUAAGGAUACAAACACGGUACAAUCAAUCAUGUUAUUGCACUUGGCAGUCUCCGAUGGUUUAAUGGGAGCAUACCUAAUCACACUGGGUGUCAAAGAUCUGUUGUGGAGAGGAGAGUAUUACUUACAUGACUUCGAGUGGCGGUCCAGUUUGGCUUGCCAGAUAACUGGUGCCACCUCUUUGCUAUCCAGUGAGGCCUCCUUGAUGCUGAUGGCUUUGAUAUCUGCAGACCGACUCAAGAACAUUGUGUUCCCGUUCAGAGGUGGAGCACUUUCGCGGAAGAUGACCCACAUCCUUUGCGCUAUCAUAUGGCUCGUCGGCUUCCUCCUGGCUUUCUUUCCGAUGUUUGGCUUGAGAUACUUCGAAGAUUCUAAAACAUAUCACAACUAUUACGGAAAAAGUGUAGUCUGCCUUCCCUUACAGCUCUCUCGUCACAAAACGGAAGGCUGGGAGUACUCUGUUUCUGUAUUUGUUGGCCUCAAUUUCUUCCUCUUCAUAUUCAUCACAGUUGCCUACCUCGCCAUAUUCAUAAGCAGAGUGCGAGUUAAAAACCAAUCAGCCAACACAAGGAGGGAGACCGGUCUGGCCAAGAGAGUGUUCUUCAUCAUCUUCACUGACUGUCUCUGCUGGAUGCCAAUCAUCGUGUUUGGUAUGAGGUCGCUUUUGGAGAAGAAUUUCAAGCCACCGAGAGACUUAGCUGCUUGGAUUGCCGUGUUUGCUCUGCCCAUCAAUUCAGCGAUAAACCCGAUUCUGUACACGUUAGCAACACCAAAGGCGCAAGAGUAUCUGGGAAGCAAAAUAGCAAUGCUGAGAAGCUUCAUACGGAGUACUUUUCAUUGCAGUGAAUAUCAAGAGAGACAACAACAAGAUCCACGAGAGAUUGAAGAUAACGGACAACAAGAAGAUCAACAAGAAGGAGAAGCAGUGGAAAUGCAGAUUCUUGGAUUGCCACAUCCAGAUCAAGGUGUUUAA